AUGAAACUAUCCAGAAAAUCAGAACCAACCCAAGAAAGCUUUUCCUGCAAUCUUGAGUGUAACACUUCUCCUAAAUCACCUCCUGGCACACCAGGUGGUCUUGUAUCUUCUCCUACCUCUCCAUACAGUGCCUCUACAAUUUUGGGGCCACACUCAGGAAAGAGUUGCAAUUUGUUGAACGUUGCAGCAACUCAAUCUUCGAGAUCCAUGCCUACUACUCCUUUGGGCCUGUUUCAUCCAAUGAACGGAGAGCUUUCACCGCUCAGUUUGGGAGAAAAAAUCCAUAGUUCAAACACGACACCUAUCGACGAAAAACUCCUUAAACAAAUUGUGGUUGACAACAUGAAGCGAUUUACCAUUGUUUUUGACACAUUUAUAGAAAAAGGAGGAGACAACCUACGAAGCUUUAGAGAGUUCUUGAAAAUGGAAAGAAACGAUGCACCACUUGAUUUUAUCGAAAUUGUAGACUCCUUUAAGCAAGUUUCGGAUCCUAACAAGAAAUAUGAAAUGGCAAAAACCAUGAUAGAUACAUAUAUUGACGACUCUUUGACGAGUGACAAACAGCUAAAUCUUCCAAACACGGUUCAAGAGGAUACACUCAAAAAAUUCGAACAUGAGUGCUCCAUCUCUUUAACCCCAAACAAUUUAUUCGAUAGUGCUCUCACUGAGGUGUAUAUUUCUUUGAAAACUGAUAGUUUCCUGCGAUAUACCAAUAGCCCCUUAUUUAUUCUACACAUUUGUAGUCAUGUACAGAAAGAAAUACCCAACAUAAUAGGUUCCACAAAUGCAGAAGCCUUGAAAAAGUGUCUCGUUCUUUAUUUUUCAGAUAUUGGCUUUAGAAACAGCCGAAGAUCAAGAGUUCACUCGUUAAGCAUGACCUCUUCUUUUUCACUUCCAUCCACUGCCUAUUCAAAAUCUGGGAACACACUAAUUCCAAUAACUGAUGAAGCAAUAGUUGACACCACGUCGCAGUACAGCGACGACAAAGAUGAACCUGUUUUCAUUAAGGAGAGAUUCACAGAGUUUCUAAAGGAACAAGAGCACAAGUUCAUCAAUGAGAGGUUUUUCGAUUUAUUUUACGAUCUAACUACUCAGGAUGACAUGUGGGACCUAACAGUUGAACAUGACUCCCUUAAAUGUUUUACCAGCAAAGAAAAAUUCUACUCUCCCCUGUUGUCACAAGAUCAGCCAGAUGAAUCCAAUGAAAAACUUUCUGACACGAAUAGUGUUAGCAACUUUGGUCUUUCAGAGCUCAGUUCAGAAUCCAAGAGUACAUCCAUUCUCAAUGGAAAAAACUUUUCCAAACUACUGUCUUACAGGGUCUCUCAAAAACAAAUCAAGAAAAGUGCAGGAUUUUCGAAAAAGAAAGGACUUCCAAUUCUUAAAAACAUUGGAAUUGUGAGCGCAACUUCAAAGGAAGUACUGGAGGCUUUAUUAGAUACUAGAUUCAACAACAUUUUAGAUCCAACUCUAAGGGAAACCAAAUUCAUGGAAUACAUUCAAUCCAAGGACAGUUCUGCAUUAAGAUUCUCAGAAGAAUUAUCACCGCAAAAAAGUGGUGAUUAUUCCGUGUGUUAUCAUCACUGCACCAUGAAAAUGCCCUGGCCUCUCUCGAAACGAGAAUUUCUGGUUGGAACUUCUGUCAGAAGAGAACUGAAUGAUGACGGCACAGAAAGUGAUAAUUAUGUCAUGGUAAGGAAAAGUAUUUCCCCAAAGGAGGUACCAGUCGAGAAGGGAUUUGUUCGCGGUCUUCUUGUGGCAGGUAUAUUGAUUGAACAAAUAAGUGCUAAUUCAACCCGAUACACGUCCAUACACUUUGCAGACUACGGAGGAAAGAUUCCCAAGAGCUUUUGCAAGAAAAUUCAAACCUCUCAAAGCACUUCCUUUCAUUCAGGGCUCACUAAGGUCAUUGAGAAUAGACGAAACUUGAAAGAGAAGGGUUUGACCGCAGAGCAAUCAUUACAUACAAUCGACACGUUGGAAGAUUAUUUGCAAAAAGUGAGACUAAUCGUGCCACCACACCAAAAAAGGUGA